AUGAAGAUGAAGAACCACACAGGGCUGAUUGAAUUUACCUUGCUGGGAAUCCCUCACACUGAGGGUUUGGAGACAAUGUUCUUUGUCAUAUUCUUCUUUAUCUACCUCUUUACCCUGGUAGGGAACUCACUCAUUCUUAUGGCCAUUCUGUCUUCCUCUAACCUUCACACACCCAUGUAUUUCUUCUUGGGAUUUUUGUCUAUUUUUGACAUAUUUUUCCCUUCAGUGACCUCUCCAAAAAUGCUAUUGUACCUCUCUGGGCAAAGCCAAGCUAUAUCUUAUAGAGGCUGUGCCUCGCAGCUCUUCUUCUACCAUUUCUUGGGAUGUACUGAGGGUGUUUUAUAUUCUGUAAUGGCUUAUGAUCGUUUUGUUGCCAUUUGUCACCCAUUGAGAUAUAUGGUCAUUAUGAAUUCCAGACUAUGUGUGAUCCUAGUUGUGGCUGCCUGCAUGGUGGGCUGUAUUGAUGCUACCAUCUUGACUGCCUUCACUUUUUCAUUACCCUAUUGUGGCCCAAACAAAGUGGACCAUUACUUCUGUGAUAUUCCUGCCAUCAUACCCCUUGCCUGUGCUGAUAGUUCCCUAGCCCAGAGGGUGGGUUUCACUAAUGUUGGUCUUCUGGCUUUAACAUUAUUUUUCACUAUUCUUGUGUCCUAUACCCGCAUUGGGAUAGCCAUUUUGAGAAUCCGUUCAGCUGAAGGCAGGAGCAAAGCUUUCUCCACCUGCAGUGCCCACCUCACUGCAAUCCUAUGUGCCUAUGGACCUGUUAUCAUUAUCUACAUGCAGUCCACACCUAACCCCUUGCUUGGUGCUGUGGUUCAAAUACUGAAUAACCUUGUCUCCCCUAUGCUGAACUCUUUAAUCUAUUCUUUGAGGAAUAAGGAAGUAAAGAAAGCCCUGAAAAAGGUGUUAUACAGGUCUGGAAUUUUUGUAGAGGUAUAA